GUACUUAUUUUUCAUAAUUUCAGUGAGCAUCUCAACAUCUUUUGUGAAAAAGGAGAACGUGGAUGUCACUGGCUUUCUCUUCACGUUAUAGGCCAGCGCUGCUUUUGGGGUGAAAGAAGACCAUCAGCAAACCUCAGCCUUGCCGCCAGGACUCCACCGUCUUCUGUCCGAGUCUGCGGGUCCGCAGAUUGCGGCAGGGAGGCCCGGGCACCCGCAGGUGGCGCCCCAUGUCCGUGUUUGCGCCCUCGCCCGCGCUCCAGGCGCAGCUAGGAAACCCAGCGCGUCUCCCCGGGUCUUUGGAGCCAGCGCGGAGACCGCAAUUUAAUAAAUAAGCGCGAGUGCCAGCCGCUCCACCAGCCCAAGGUUCAGAGGAGCAGACACACAGACCCGGGCCGGAGGCCCCUCUUGUAGCCCUGCGGGAACCGGACAGUUCCCCAACUGGGGACUCUGGAACCACAGCUCCUAAAUCAUCAAAUUCUCAAGCUUUUUUUCCUCUCUUCGUCCCAGUCAUCCCAGUCAUCGUCGUCUUCUUUUUUUUUUUAAACUUAUUGUUUUUUUCGCCCCUUUCAUUAUGAAAGUGGUCACGCCAUUCAAGAUUAAGACUUGGAGGGAAUUGGGGAAAGAAAAGAAAGAAUCUAAAAGAAGAGAAGCGACCGGUGCUUUUAAGGGUGCCUAAUUUUCAAACGAGACGUCUGGGAGGAUUUUGCUCUGGGCGUUUGGCAGAGCAACUUCGCUGACAGCGGAGCUCACCCAGCAUGGAUGUUCCAGAAACCUGCAGGGGCUGCUGCCCAGCCAGAAAGAGAGAAUCCCCUGGGUCUGGAAACAAGAGCUGGAGAAUAAGCCAAGCCUGGGAUUCCGUCGUUGGAAUCGGUCCUUCCGCGGAGAGAGGAAUCCCAGGGGUUUCACCAAGGGGGCUCGCUAGUGGCUGCAGGGACCUUGGAAGUCCACGGGCGCCUUUCUUCUGAGAACGACCCUGGCCUUGACCGUCAGAGCGGGGGACAAAGGCCCGCGGAGGCUGCUGCGGGCCCCGCGCGUUCCUGCGCGCCCUUCCGCGCCGCUCGCGCCCCCGCCGGCCUCCGCCCCCGCGCGCCGCCUCCCACCAGCCCCGAUGCAGGCGCCCGGCCAGGGGCCCCUCGGGCUGCGGCUGACGAUGCCCUGGCGCCGGGGGGCGCUGCGCGAGCCGGGCGGCUGCGGAUCCUGCCUGGGGGUGGCGCUGGCCCUGCUGCUGCUGCUGCUGCCCGCCUGCUGCCCCGUGCGGGCGCAGAACGACACGGAGCCCAUCGUGCUGGAGGGCAAGUGCUUGGUGGUGUGCGACUCCAGCCCGUCGGCGGACGGCGCCGUCACCUCCUCCCUGGGCAUCUCCGUGCGCUCCGGCAGCGCCAAGGUGGCCUUCUCCGCCACGCGGAGCACCAACCACGAGCCGUCCGAGAUGAGCAACCGCACCAUGACCAUCUAUUUCGACCAGGUAUUAGUAAAUAUUGGCAACCACUUUGAUCUUGCCUCCAGUAUAUUUGUAGCACCGAGAAAAGGGAUUUAUAGCUUCAGCUUCCACGUGGUCAAAGUGUACAACAGACAAACCAUCCAGGUCAGUUUAAUGCAGAAUGGCUACCCAGUGAUCUCGGCCUUUGCAGGAGACCAGGAUGUCACCAGAGAAGCUGCUAGCAAUGGCGUGCUGCUGCUCAUGGAAAGGGAAGACAAAGUGCAUCUCAAACUUGAGAGAGGCAACCUCAUGGGGGGUUGGAAAUACUCCACAUUCUCGGGCUUCUUGGUGUUUCCUCUAUAAACACAGAGCACCCUAGAUGGUGGGGGAAUGGCAAUCUGGACCCAGGAAUCCGCCCUUUAAAACACCCUGAACUUGCUGGAAUUGGGACACCUUGUUUCCAACCUCCAUCAGACUGUUGCUGUAGAAGAAUGAUUUCCUUUGAAACCUCCAGUACUUUUGUUUUUGUUUUUUGGAAUAUUGACAAUUCCUCGGGAACCUGGCCUCUAAUUAGUUUUAGAUGACAAGGUCUUAAGGAGAAAUGAAAUUAUCGAUUUGAGCAAUUUGUACCUGUGAUUGUAAAGUCAAUAUCGGAUUUUAUGGACCUCUUUUGUUUGUAUGUUAUAUUGUUGUCCCAAUGGAAGGAGAGCUCCUGAUUCCAGGAUGGACUGCAGGUUGCAGUCAGGGCUUGAAGCAGGAGCCCAACAAAGAACCACCUGAUGGACAGUCCUUGACAUGUGUUCUGUGUGCGUCUGUAUAGCCUUAAGAAAAAGAAUGGCUUCACUUUCAUUCUGUAUUCUUCCCCCCACCGUGUGGAUGGGAGGACUUGGGAGGGGGAUGGGGACAUUGUGAACCUGUCAAGAAGUGCUUUAUCCAGAGAAGCAAGUUUUGCACGAUUGGACUGCAGCUUUUGUUUUGUAUUGUUUGUGUUUUUUCUUGAAUAGCUUUACUUUUCUUUCCACACUCAGCUCUCCCUCCUCAACCCCACUUUUAUUUUUCUUGCUGGGAUUGGGGAGAGAAAAUAUAUGUUGAAUUCCUGGAUAAGACCAAACAAAACAAAACAUUAAAAUACCUGUAUGUUUUGUUUUAGACGAGACCAAACCAAACAAAAAGAAUCUGUUUAUCGAAGUAAAAAUAACACAAUGUACAAUUCGGCUUAGUCUCUCAAAGAGAUUCUAAGAUGCACCUUUAUAACUAUUAAUAGCAACCUGGAUUUUUUUAAAAUUUAUACUUCAGAAUGCUUUAAGAACCUGGUGUUCCUGGGUGGUCCUGAAUUGUAUAAGUUGGGAAUGGAAGCUGUAAUGACCAAGUCCCCUAAACAUACUGCUUCUUUGCCACGUGUGCUGUGACUUCUCAGCGGGUGUUUUAAUUUAUUUGGAUCCACCUCUGAGUGAGCGCACAGUGAUCAGGUGCUUCGAAGCCAACAGACCAGCUCCUCUUCCUCCGGAUCCUCUUUUGAUCUGCCCAGGAAAGGGAUGCAUUGCCACUCUCCUGCAUGCACCUGGCGAGAAGCCACCUGGAAGUCACUGUGGUUAAAGAUAUUGGUGGAGGUACCCCAGGAGCACUGUUACAAAUCCUUCUUGUUUUGGCACCUCUUACAACAACAUUAUUAAAACACAGCUGAGAGUUGAUGGGUGUGUAAUUCAUAUGCCAAGGAAAUGUCACUGAUCCCAAAGCAAUCAAAGAGGAGACCUCAAACCAGAUGUUAAUUUGUUCUUUGUGUAACAAUGUAACCAAAAUAUUGAUGAUGAAAGUCAUAAUUUAAGAUUCAGAAUAAAUGGGUUUGAUGUCUGGCUUGCUCUUAUCCUCCACUUCGUCUCCCAACUCGUAAAAUGUGUGGAAGUAAAGGCCGACUGUCAAGGACCUGGGGAAGAUAAAUCUAUACAGUGCCUCUGUAAAAAAAAAUGUACUCUCAAACACACACACACCGGUAUGUGCAGACCUGGCUGUGGGUCUGGAUGGAUAUUGUACACUUAGAUAUAUUUCAGUUUAUACAUAUGUAUUCUUUAAAAGGAAGAUCUUGGGGGAGAUAUGUGAAAAAGACAGCUUAAGAAGGUUUUAGGGAUAGGCAGUCUGCUUUUAUCACAUGUCAUCUUUGAUGUGGUGCAAGUUCCAAUCCAGUAUUUUCAUCAGUGAACACUGAUAUAAAAGAAACUAACAUUUUAAGAGCAUAAGUUGUUUCCAAAAAUGUGUAUGUGAGGAUGGAGAGGAAUUAGAUUCCAUUUUUGAAAAAGAAAUUCAGUGGUGAUUAUAUAAAUGACAAAAUGUAUAGUUUGACUAAGGGUCUAAGUUUUACUUUCCUCGGAUGAAGAGCAUAAUGGGAUGCAGAAUUUUAUUUGAAUUGAAAUGCUGUUGCAUUUUGUGAGGGAAAAAAAUCAAUAAAAGAGCAUUGGGGUA